UUUAUUCCAGACUUUGACCAUGCAGUGAUUCCGACACACUUGCCACAGAACUGCAGAAUGAUUCCCAUGAAGGACAGACUCCUCUUGAAACCUCGGCUCAGUGUCUUCAGUGCAUUGGUCCUUCUCCUAAUACACUCUGGUGGAGGUCAGUCUCAGGUGAUGGGUACAUCUCAGCCAAUAGUGGCAAAGGUUGGUGAUGACAUAACUUUGCCAUGCCACCUGGAAACUGCUGUGGAUGCUACUGACCUGACUGUGGAGUGGGCAAGACAUGAUCUAGAGCCCAGAUUUGUCUUUUUGAGACGAGACGGCGUGGAGCUUCAGCUUGAGGAACAUCCAUUGUACAUGGGGAGAACAUCCCUGUCCACCAACAAACUAAAGUGUGGAGACACUUCACUUAAACUCUCCAAAGUAAAACUCUCUGAUAUAGGAACCUACAAAUGCCUUGUUCCAAAAACUGGUACAGAGUCUGUUGUCGCGCUUACUGUAGGUUCUGUCUCCUCACCUGACAUGAAGAUAUCCAAAGUCACCAAUGGAGCGGUUCUACAGUGUUCGUCUGAAGGCUGGUAUCCAGAGCCUGAGGUGUUGUGGCUGGACGGUGAGGGAAACCUCCUCUCUGCUGGACCUCCAGAGACAGUCAGAGGUCCUGAUGAUCUCUAUACUGUCAGCAGCAGAGUGACUGUGGAGAAGAGACCCAGCAACAGCUUCACCUGCAGAGUCCAGCAGAAGGACACCAACCAGACCAGAGAGACAACUAUCCAUCUUCCAGAUGAUUUCUUCAUGGACCAGUGUAAUUCUGCUGUUCGCAUCACCAUCUGCUUGGCAGCCUGCUUCAUGUCUGUCAUGGCAGUCUUUGUUUUGUGGAAAUGUGGACAACACCAAAUCAAAACCACAAACAGCAGCACAGAACGUCAGUAUCUGAUGGAGGGAGAUAAAAUGAUUCAGUUGGACAUGAAAGAGGGAAAAACUUGA